AUGAUCUUUUGUAAGGAUGACCCCAGAACGGCUUGCAAAUAUGGUGAAUCGUGCUAUCAGAAGAACCCUCAGCACCACAACAGAUUCAAGCACCCACCCAAGAGGAAACUGGAAUACACCGAAAGCGAAGCGGAAGAUCUAGUUCCUAAAGGGAAGAAGUGCAAAACAGAAGAUAAUGAAGAGAAUGAUUCUGACUCUGGAGACAAUUUUGAAGUUCCUUCCAUUGACAAAGAUGAUGAUAAAGCUGACACCAGUCAGCCAGAGGAAGAUGCAGCUGAGUCCCCUGUUCAUGAGUUGGAGGUAGCUGCCUCACCAGAAAAUGUGCGGGAGAGCAUUGAGCAGAAGUUUCUUUUGGAUAUGCCAGAUGAUUUCUUUGAUUUGUGGGACCUUUGCAAGACACUUAACAAAGAAAAACCUGAAGAAGCAUUCAUCAAAGCUGACUGUGAUAGCAGGAAGCGAGACGAAUAUCACAUAGGAUAUUAUCGAGAUGAUUGCUUCCUCUUACCAGCUUUUGUUGGUUCAAUGUCCUCUGUCAAGCCUGGCAGUAUUACCCUAAUGGGAGGGAACAUAUUUAGUGCUGUCAGCAUAUAUCUGUCACAGAGGAUGAAGGCUGAGAAUCCUUUCAAGAAAAUAACUCUGCAAAGAUUGCAACAAGAAGUGGAUAACUUUGCAAAGCUAAAGAAGCAUUCACUGGAGCAGAGACCAUCUUCUGUGCAAGAACGUUCUAAAAAGGUGGUCAGUAAGUGUUUCCAUGGAGCAGGCAUUGUGGUCCCAGUGCACAAUGAUGUUGGCUACAGGCCCAUCCCAGAAACGAAUGCCUGCUUGAAAAAGAUAUUCCAGAAAGUAGUGGAUGCCAAAUCAGAAGAAGAAAGAUUAAAACACUUUGAUGCAGUUCAAGAGCUCAUGACCAAUGUACAGUUUGCUUUUGAUGAAGGAGACUUUGGAAUGGGACUGGAGUUCGGUCACAAUAUGUUUACCUUUGGAGGAGAAGUAUUCCACAAAGCCAUCAGUCAUAUCUUAGGGGUUGCUUACGAAUUGCUUGGAAGAGAUGCCUUUGUUGACAUUUUACAGGCACAUUUGAAGAACAGACGUCGAGGAGUAACCUAA